AUGGCUCCCACCAAGAAGGGCGAGGCCCCCCGCACCGGCCUGGCUGUCGGCAUCAACCGCGGCUUCAAAACCACCCCCAGGGUCAUCAAGCCCCGCGUCGGCCGGACCAAGGGCCACCUGAGCAAGCGCACCGCUUUCGUCCGCGAGCUGGUCAAGGAGGUCGCCGGUCUUGCCCCCUACGAGCGCCGUGUUAUCGAGCUGCUAAGGAACGGCAAGGACAAGCGUGCCCGCAAGCUCGCCAAGAAGCGGCUCGGCACCUUCGGCCGCGCCAAGGCCAAGGUCGACCAGCUCCAGGGCGUCAUCGCCGAGGCCCGCCGCGCUGGUCACUAA